UGUUAGAGAAGAAAGAAGAUGGAAGAACUCUAUGACUAUUCUCGGCAUAGAUAUUGUAUUAGUAUCGGUAAGCGACUUAUUUUUUAAAAUUACGGCGUAGCUUACUUCAUAUAGAUUUGGACUAUGACAUCAUCAUCUCUGCAGCGGUAGCCAUUAAUAGACCUGACAUGAUUGUUGAAAGUAUUGUACGCGGAUUCCGCACCUCAAUUUUAUAUGACACUACCACGAGAAAUAUUAUUGCCAGAGGCAACAAGGCUGAUGAAGCGAAUAAGGAUCCGAAAGGGCUUCAAGAAGACGUUAUUUAUAUACACAACACCCUAAGCGAGCUCGCUGACAUUUAUUUAAAAUCCAAGCAACAACCUUUCAAUAAUACGGCACUGUACGUGCUCUUGUGCGAGGAAGCUAUAGACCUGCUACAAAAAAUACGGUAUGAUUGUAAAAAAAAAUUGAAUAGUGUAAAUAUGGAUUUUUAUUAUUCUUUGAAUCUUCCAACCAGUUGGGAUUAUGAAAUAAGAGAAGAAUUGUUCCUGCCUCUAUUUGUAAAAGCUGGUCUUCUUCAUGAAAAUGAUGGUCCGGGCAGGCUGGUGUUUUGUUCAAUGUUAGAGUUGAAUUUUCAGAGCAUGCAAAUGAAAGGAUACAAUCGUAGAACUAGAGACAUAAAGUAUGGUGAUCAGCGCGUUAUGUGUACAAUAGAUUAUCAAGAUUAGCAAAAACAAAAUUGGCACCACAAUUGUUGAAGCAGGCUCACUUUGUAAUCCCGUUUGGACCAAAGGAACUACGAUUAUCAUUAAUAGCAUGUGUGGAAAAGCAUUGUGAUACUACGUUAUCAUCAGAAUCUAUCGACAACAUGCUUGAUAAACUCAGUCGAAAGUACGAUGGAAUUGAUUAUUUUAUAUAGGUUAUGUUUUA